AUGUCUGCCGCCGCACCCAAGAAGCAGAAGGACGCCAAGGCCUUCGCCGCUGAUUUCCUCAUGGGAGGAGUUUCCGCCGCCGUCUCCAAGACCGCUGCUGCCCCCAUUGAGCGUAUCAAGCUUCUCCUCCAGAACCAGGAUGAGAUGCUCAAGACCGGUCGUCUCUCCCACCCCUACAAGGGUAUCUCCGACUGCUUCAAGCGUGUCAUUGCCGAUGAGGGUAUCAAGCCCCUCUGGCGUGGAAACACCGCCAACGUCAUCCGUUACUUCCCCACCCAGGCUUUGAACUUUGCCUUCAAGGAUUACUUCAAGGCCAUGUUCAACUUCAAGAAGGAGCGUGAUGGUUACGGCAAGUGGUUCGCUGGUAACAUCGCCUCCGGUGGUGCUGCCGGUGCCUGCUCCCUUCUCUUUGUCUACUCUUUGGAUUACGCUCGUACCCGUCUUGCUAACGAUGCCAAGGGCAAGAACGGUGGUUCCCGUCAGUUCAACGGUUUGAUUGAUGUCUACAAGAAGACCAUUGCUACCGAUGGUGUUGCUGGUCUCUACCGUGGUUUCCCCCUCUCUGCUUUCGGUAUUAUCAUCUACCGUGGUUUGUACUUCGGUCUUUACGAUUCCGUCAAGCCCUUGUUGCCCGAGAAGCUCCAGGGAUCUUUCCUCGCCUCCUUCAUUCUCGGAUUCGGUGUCACCAACUUGGCUGGUCUCGCUUCCUACCCCGUCGAUACCGUCCGCAGAAGAAUGAUGAUGACCUCUGGUGAGGCCGUCAAGUACUCUUCCUCGUUCGAUGCCUUCAAGCAGAUCGUCAGCAAGGAGGGAUACAAGUCCCUCUUCAAGGGUGCUGGUGCCAACGUCCUCCGUGCCAUCGCCGGUGCUGGUGUCUUGUCCGGAUACGAUCAGCUCCAGGUCAUCUUCUUUGGCAAGGCCUACUCCGGUGGAUCCGGAUAA